GUGUGGCAACAUGAACUGGGCCAAGCGCGCCAAGUGCAACAUCUGCAACACCAGCCGCCCUGGGACCAGCGAAGGGGGCGCCAGGGAGGGCCGUGGCGGCGGGUACAAAGAGCUGGAUGAGGCUGAGCUGGAGGAGACGAGGAAGCGACGCAAGGAGGCCGAGGAG